AUGCGCUUUCACUAUCUCAUCCUGGCCUGUGUGUUGGCUCAUGGGGCGCUGGGCGAUGUCGUGGUCCCCCCUCCCCCAACCACCACCGUCACCUACGACAAACUCGUCGGGGACCUGUCGGAGGCGCUGGUGACCCGGUACCAGGCGGGGGUCACGGGGCUCGAUACCCUGGCCACCUCAUGGAGUACCUCGGUGAGGAGCCUGUCCGACCAGCUCACGUCGGGCUUUGCGGCGUAUGACGCCAACUUCUGCACCCCGGCCAGCUUCAGCAAGGGCAAGUGGUUUGCAGUGUGCAUGGUGCCGUCUGGCGGCAUCAUCCCGGCCAAGUUCAUCGGCUCCGCUUUCAACCUAACGUUCACGACUGGGUCAUGCAGCUUCAAUGAGACUGCAUACCUCGUCGAUGGCGUGAAGGAGCUGCAGUGUAUGGAGCCCUCCAUGGAGUACCUGAAGGUCCCCGCCAAGUAUGUCAGCAAGUACUAUGCUGCACCCUCCUUCACCGGCAAGGAGUGUGUGCUGACCAAGUCCUUUGGCACCGCGACCAACACCACACUGACCGUCUUCGACACCUCGCUCAAGGUCAGCGCCUCUGAACUCACCGCCCAGAUCACCGCCGAGCUGAAGAACCUGCUGUCGGUGCUCGGCAAGUCCUCUUGA